CAUGUCAUCACAUUCUGAUAAAAGUAAAGUAACGUGCGCAUGCGUCUGGCAAUUAGCCUCUAAUGUUUUUAAAUUUAAGAAACCGUAAGAAAUAGUAUUUACGAGAAUUCGUGUAGAGAGAUCCUAGCUGGAAGGUAAAUUCUGUUCAGUACCAAUUACAUGUUGUGCGAAAAGAAUCUAACACGAUUGUGUAAACAAGGUUAUGUCGUUGAGAAAGAGAAAUUUUGAGGCACCCUGAAAUCAAAACUGAAUCUUAUCAUUGACCUUGGAUAUUUGCUUCAACAUAGUUAGAGUUUUGCGAGUGGAUCGACAAUAUGAAGCGUUUACCGUUGCACGAGGCUUUAAAACCACUGGCUUGGUUAGAAGGAAAGUGGAAGACAGAGAACUACGGCAGUGGCAAAUAUCCAACUAUUAAAGACUUCAAUUACUGCGAAGAAAUAAACUUCACGUCUAUAGGGCAGCCCAUGUUCAAUUACACUGCACAAAGUUGGCAUCCGGAAUCGCAGAGACCGAUGCAUCGGGAAACAGGUUUUCUAAAGAUCAUUCCAGAUACCAACAAAAUAUCUCUUAUUUUGGCUCACAAUUUUGGCCUGGCAACUGUUGAAGAAGGCGAGGUGACUGAGAAAGCUAUUAAUUUAAAAAGUACUGAGACUAUGUUGAGAGUACAAGAAACAAAACUACCUGCUGUUACACAGUUGUGUAGAGAGUUCAAAUUGGACGGCGACUGUUUGGAACACGUACUUUACAUGGCAACUUCUAACACUCCAGAGCUGACGGAACAUCUGCGGGCGAAGUAUAAAAAAAUGUGCGAGUAGCAUAAGAGAAUAGAAAAGGAGAAGAUCGGGUUUUAAGUGCGUUUCGCCAUGUAUUAUCCUACUAUUUACCGCUGAUGUAGCUUUGUAAGUAUCGUGCGCGAAUAAAAUUCUAGAUCGUCGAAGAAA